GUCAUAUCUUUUCGACUCCUAAACAAACCAACGUGCUAGCUAUUCUCAUCAUGGCUUCACUGGAGUGAAGAUAUUUCAUAAGGCAGUUAUUAUAAAAUAAAAAUAUAUGACAUGGACGAAGUCGAAACAGCGGGCUACGUUGUCCCAUGUGCAGUGUGCUCGGCUGUAAACUGGGCUAUUAGCGCUGAUCUGAAAUACUACUGCAAGUCUUGCCACAAUGUUAUUGAUAAAACAGCUGAAGUGGCCGACCACACAUUCUUGGACUAUGCCAACAGAAUCACAGACCUUACCUCUUCUAGGCAACGACGGGUUGUUGAGUACGGGCGGAAGUGGAAAGUGUGUGAAGGUUUCCAGUUCAUCCUGAAACACCAGGCAGAAGCUCUGAUCCUCCUGGGAGUGCACUCACAAUUCAAGGACGACGUGCUGUGUCAGCUGUGGAGGCUGUACCUCCAGAAGAGCCGGCAAGCCUACACCAAGAACCCUCUGAGCUCUAAAGUCCCCCCUGGGGCCAGAGACACGGACACCGACCCCUCAGAUAAUGACACAGGGGCCUCAUCAGCCACUUCUACAGGGGCCCCAUCAGCCACUCCCCCAGGGGCCCCAUCAGCCACUCCCCCAGGGGCCCCAUCAGCCACUCCCCCAGGGGCCCCAUCAGCCACUCCCCCAGGGGCCUCAUCAACUACUCCUACAGGGGCCCCAUCAGCCACUCCCACAGGGGCCUCAUCAACUACUCCCACAGGGGCCUCAUCAACUACUCCUACAGGGGCCCCAUCAGCCACCUCCACAGGGGCACCAUCAGCCACUCAGACAGGGGCCCCAUCGGCCAAUGAGAAGGAGGGAGAGCCCUCAGCCAAUGAGAAGGAGGGAAGUCCCUCAGCCAACGAGACCGACGGUCCAUCAGCCAAAGAGGUGGAGGGAGAGCCCUCAGCCAAUGAGACCGAAGGCCAAUCAGCCAAUGAGAUGGAGGGAAGUCCGGGGAGCCUGUCGGCUUUUGAGACGGACGGGGGUCCUUCAGCCAGCGACACAGAGGGCCGGCCCUCAGCCAUAUCCUCAACCAGUGGGGCCUCCAGUGAUGAGGACCGGCCCAAGCGCCACAAGGUGUACCCCUCGGGCUCCGAGGACUCUGGGACCUACCUGUCCCUGCGCCUCAGGCGCUCCAACGGGCUGAUGAGCAUGAACAAGACCCUGGCCCUGCUCUACCUGGGCCUGCUGUGGUGCCGCGAGGCCCUCACCCUGGCGGACCUGCUCAGGCUGGUCCGGGAGGGACACCUGCCCUUCAUCAACGCCUUUGAGUGUUUGCCCGAGGAGAUGAAGCUGUUUGGCCGCGACCUGCCCGUCUUCAGAGUCCAGUCCAUCCCCUCCUACCGCACGGUGCACCAGGAGGCGUGUGGCCUGGCGGUGUACAUGAAGCUGCCCUCCUUCCCCCCCGUGGACCUCAAGUGUCUGCAGCACCCCACCCUGCUCACCAUGCGCUACCUGCUGCUCCUCAACCUGCCAGAUCAGCUCCACCCCUGGGUGUGCCGGGUCAUCGCCCUGGUGGGUCUGGACCAGGGGUCUGCCCUGACCUUUGACCCCACAGCCAGGUCGCGCCUCCCCUACUAUGACGUGCAGGCGGCGGCGCUCAUCGUGGUCACCCUGAAGAUGGUGUUUGGCGUGGACGACCGCAGCGAAUGGGAUUUGUCCAAUGGAGCAUCUGCUAAGAACAAAGACGAUCCAGACCAGCGUAACUUCAGUAUGAGGCGGUGGUACCGGCUGCUGCAGGCAGCGCUGAUCAGAGCCCGUCGGAGAGAGGAGGACCACACGGCCAGGAUGCAGUGGACAGCCCAGAAGCCCAUUUACCCAUCCUGGGAGAGGAAAGCCUCCUACAUCAAAAAGAGACGGAUGGUGGACCAGCUGCGGACGGCGUUCACCCGGCUCUCCGGCACCCCCGCGGAGCCCAGGCGCCGGCCCCCCUCCAGCUUCAGGUUCCGCUGGGGGGGGGGGGAGGGGGAGGCGGGCUGGGACGGCCCCAGCCUGAGCCACACGGUUCUGGACACCGUGGUGAAGAGACGGCGGGGCGGCGAGACCGCCGUCAACGAGGCCUACUGGCACCCGCCGCUGAAGAAGUGCCAUUCCUGGGCCUGCAGGAGGCACUUUGAGGAGGACCGGGCCACGCUGCCCAAGAUGUACUGCUGGCUCCUGGAGCUCUUCUCCUUCCUGCUGGGGGUGAAGCAGGCGCUGGUCCACGAGGAGGUGCUCCGGGCAGAGCGCCUCCUGCUCGGCAGAACGCAGAGCUCCUCCAAGAGCCGGGGCGGAGAGGAGGAGGAGAGGAGGAGGAGGAGGAGGAGGAGGAGGAGCGGGGUGGGAACCAGAAAAACAGGAAGGGCCAACCUCAGCCCUGACCCAGGGAGAGGGAAACCCGCCUCGCCUGGGAGCAGCAGAAAAAGGAAAGCUUGAUGUGUGCCUUAUUACCAUAGGACAGUAACAACAGAAACAACGCCAUAGCACCACUGUUUUUUUGUUUUUGUUUUCUAAACCAAUGUAUUACAGGUCCAUAUGAGAUUGUACAAACUUUUCUAUAUAUAAAAAAAAA